CUCACCAUUUCUAUUCUUCUAACAAAUUCGUCAGACAUGGCAUCGAUUACUUUUUGGCUACUCAUUUUGUUUCUUCGGAGAUCUGUGCAGAUGGUUAAACGUGAGAUCACUGAUGAUAACUGUGCUCAAGAUGCUGGCUUAAAUACAGUGAAAAUCUAACAAACAUGCCUAUUUUUUUUCACUGAUACUGAAUCAUACGAAUAUACGAUUUUGUUUGGAAAACAUCCUACGCACAUGCAGAUCACAUGGAGAAUAACGAUGAUGACCCUCUCUCCUCUCCUGACAUUGAUAUCAAUAUUUUGUUUGGAUAAACAUGCACACUGCAGAAAAAUCUAAUUUUUCCCUUGAUAUGGAGAAUGACGUAGAUGAUGAUUACCGUCGUCGUCGUCCUCGUCCUGACAUUGGAUAUCAAUUUUGUUUGGAAAAACAUGCACACAUGCAGAAAAAUCUAAUUUUUCCCUUGAUAUGGAGAAUGACGUAGAUGAUGAUUACCGUCGUCGUCGUCGUCUUCUCCUGACAUUGGGUAUCAUGCAAUUCUGGAAUCCUACGAUUUUGUUUGAUCAUAACAUCCAUCUUACAUUUCUAUGCAGUUGAUAUGGAUGAUUUUUUCCUCAAAUAUCUGUAUAAAUUGCUAGUGUGUGUAGGCAGUCAGUAUCAGUUUCAAGUGAAAACUCAUCGAACUGCUACUCUAACUUACAAUGGCAACAACACCAACAACCAUAAUUGUGUUCACGGAAGAUCCAGUGAAUUUACCGAUAAAUGACCUCUUGUUGGUCAUAAAGGAAUUAUUUCAAUACGGUGUCAGAGAGAUCAAAGCCAGUGGUGACAAAAUAUUUGUCAAAUUGACCUACUCCCCAAGAGCAGCGACGUUAAAGCGGAAAUUCGGCUUGCUGCCUAUCAAAUAUCUUCGAACUAAAUUGGAUAAAGAUGCAGAAUUCCAAGUAUUAGAACGAAUAGUUAAAAAAUAUAGAUUUAAUUUAUUAGACGAGCAGUUAGAAGAUAUUAAUAGGCAGCAAGCGAUAAAGGAUCGACCAGGGACAAGUGGUGGUGGUGAUGGUGGUGGAAGUAUGCAGAAGAAGAGAAAAUUGUAUCUAGAGCCACCUGUCCUGCAACAUGUGGAAAGGAUGAGGAGAUGAGGAGGAGAAGGAGGAAGAGCAUGAGGAGCAGCCCAGGCAGAUGCAUACGGUUGGUGCAACACCAUCAUCAGCAGCAGCAUCAACCUCAACUGGUAGACGUGGUGGUGGUGGUGGUGGUGGUGAUAAUGAUGAUGAUGAUAUUGUUAUUGUCACAAAAUAUAUUUUGAAUAAAAAACUGAUUUCUUCACAACUAA